AUGACGGGCUCGGCACGUCUGAGACCCGUUGUCGUGGUGGGCCUCAUACUUGCUCUUCUAGCUGUCGCCUUACGGGAAGUGCAAGGUGAUGAUCAGCUGGAUGUAUCUGAAGUUCAGUGUCGACCUUUUAUCGAAAAAGCUUUGAAAGAUCUUGGAACAGGUAAAGUUCAAGAGUUUUUGGUUUUUGGUUUUUAUUUUGAGAUUUUAAAGGGUUGGUUGGUUUUUUUUAUUGUAGGUAAUGUUGAAGAAGGUAGUAGAGAAGAUGAUGGACAAGGUAGUGAUCAGGGAGGAAGUUAUGAAGAACAAAGUGAUGGAAAAGAAGAUGAUAAAAGUGAUGGCCAGAGUGGAGAGCAAACUGAUGGUCUAAGUGGAGAACAAACUGAGGGUCUAAGUGGAGAACAAAUUGAAGCAGCUGAUGGCCAAAGUGAAGAAAAAUCUGAUGUAGGUGAUGGUCAAAGUGAAGAAGAAAAAACUGAAGCGACUGAUGAAACGACAGAUGGUCAAAGUGAAGAAAAAUCUGAUGUAGGUGAUGGCCAAAGUGAAGAAGAAAAAGUUGAUGGUCAAAGUGAUGAAGAAAAAACUGAUGGUCAAAGUGAAGAAGAAAAAACUGAUGGUAAAAGUGAAGAAGAAGUAACUGAUGGUAAAAGUGAAGAAGAAAAAGCUGAUGGCCAAAGUGGAGAAACUCAAGAAGUUCAAGAUCAAGCUGAUGAACCUGACCACAAAGAAGGAAGUGAAGAAAGUACGACAGAAAUACCUGAAUCUGGUGAACAAAGUGAAGAUAAUAAGGAAUCAGUAGAACAGAGUACUGAAAAAUCUGACGAGCCUGAACAAGAGUCUAAAGAAGCUGAUAAAGUAGAUGAAAGUCAGGAAAAUACUGAAACAGAAACUACCGAAAUCGAGAAGGACGAAACCGCAGAAAAAUCUGACGAGGUUGUAGAACCAGCUGACGAAAUCGAUUCAAAAGAAACUGAGCAAGAAAACACUGAGAAAAAUAAAUCCGAGGAAACUGGUGAUGCUGAAAAAAGUGAAGAAACAGGUGAACAAGAUAAAACUGAGGAAAUCGUUGCCGAGUCUGGAGAAACUGGGGAAACUAAGGAAGAAGUUGACACUACUGAAGAAGCUAAGAGUGAAGAAGCUAAGAGUGGAGAAGCUAGCGCAGAGGAUACUAAAGAAAAUCAAUCUGUAGAGGAGGUUGUCGAGUCUGAAGAAGUUAAAGUUUCUGAAGCUGAGAAAAGCGAUGAGAAUACAGUUGAGGAGGGAAGUGAAGAAAAGAAAGAAAGUGAGGAAAAAGGUGAAGAAAACGAAGUGUUAUCACGUGAGAAAAGGGAUGUAGGAGAAGAAAGUGCUGAAGGCGAGCAAGAAAAGUCAGAGGAAGAAGCUGCUCAAGGCUCUACUGAAGAUGGUGAAGAACCAUCUCCUGAAGAAGACUUGAUCCAAGAAAUAGAGAUCCCUGAAAAUCUGAGGUCUCGUGAUCACAUUAACCAGAUCUUGAGGCUGGACCAAGAAAAUGAAGAAAAAGAAGCGGCUAUUGCUAAAGCCGCUGAUGUUGUUCUUAAAGAAUUGAAGCGGUUGUAUGACACAGCUAUUCAGCCAUUGGAAACUCUGUACAAGUACCGAGAUCUCAGUAAUCGUCACUUUGGAGAUCCGGAGAUAUUCUCAAAGCCACUGAUUCUCUUUAUGGGCCCUUGGAGUGGUGGAAAAUCUUCCAUUAUUAAUUAUCUCCUUGAUAAUGAGUACAAGACCACCGCACUCAGAACUGGCGAUUCGCAAGAGUGCUCUGAAGAGUCUUGCGAAUCGCCAAUUCAAACUGAUCCAGGAGCGGAGCCAUCACCGGCGUACUUUAACAUUGUCAUGCACGGAGAGGAAGAAGAAGUGUUGGAUGGAACUCAGUUGGCUGCCGACUGGACCUUUUCUGGUCUCCAGAAGUUCGGGCAAGGACUCCUGGACCGCUUGAGAGGCUUGAAGCUCAACAAUAAAUUAUUGGAAAAGGUGAACAUCGUUGAGAUUCCAGGAAUUUUGGAGAUCAGAAAGCAAGUACAAAGACUCUUUCCGUUUAAUGAUGCCUGUCAAUGGUUCAUUGACAGAGCAGAUAUCAUUUUCUUGAUCUACGAUCCGUCUAAAUUGGACGUUGGGCCAGAAACUGAGGCAAUUUUGGAUCAACUUAAAGGACGAGAGUACCAAACAAGAAUUGUUCUCAACAAAGCUGACCAAGUGAAGCCAGAAGAAUUGAUGAGGGUCCAAGGUGCUCUGAUCUGGAACAUUUCUCCUCUUAUGUCAAGCGCAGAGCCGCCUGUUAUGUACUCGACGUCUCUUUGGUCCAUGCCAUACGAAGCUGGCGCUCCAACUCGUCUUCUCUAUGCUCAAGAACGCGCAUUUUUGAGGGACUUGCGAUCGGCUAUCGACAAGAGAACCUUCUUCGGUAGCAAAAAAGACAUAAGCGACAGAAUAAUCGAAAACCCUCAAGAGUACCACAUCUACGAAGGACUUAGCACGCUGACAAAUAUCUCCCGAUAUGACUUGCCAGAUCCUGACGUGUACCGCGACUUCUUCCGACUGAACCAGCUGUACGACUUCCCGUUGCUGAGUUCAACGUGCACGUACUUCCGUGGGUGUCCCAUCAACAGGCUCGACGUGGCCAUUGCCUACGACCUGCCCGAGCUGGUAGGAAAAUACAAGAAGGCUGUUGAAGCAGCGGUACACGAAGACGACAAGCCUCCAGCAAGUUGA